GACCAGCACGGGAACUUGAAGUUAAGGAACCACAGAGGACUAAAUACCUAUAUUUAAAACCUGGCUGUCAACUUUGGCGCAUCGGUGCUGCGGCAUAACUGUAGUGUCGUCAGUACCCCCUGCCUGCAAAGUUAGGUGUACUGAAUAAUACUGAGUAGAUUCUCAGAUUGUUUUCCCACUUUGCUGUUGCACUUGACCAAAGCGAUGUCACGCCACGGGAAACCACAGUCCUCUUCGCAAUAGUAAUGGCAAAUAUAGCCAUAUAGCUAAUUUAGCUUCCGUGUUUGUCGGUGGAAUUUGUAGCUAAUUUAGUUAACUAAAGAAUUAGCUAGCUAGUUACUACAGACCUCUGACCGAACACCGCUGAAGCUGCUGCAACGGCCACCGCAUCGCCAUGACGGAGCGAACCCCACUUCUACAUUAUCGCCUCUCCACCAGUGUCAAUGAGUCGGAGCAGCGAUCCAUCCCCGCCGGGGAACCACUGGGGCAAUCCCCGGCCGUGGCUCGUCGGAAGACGGCCAGCAACCAGCCGCAAAAACUCUCCACUUUCUUCGGUGUUGUUAUACCGACACUGCUGUCAAUGUUCAGUGUGGUUGUCUUCUUAAGAAUUGGGUUUGUGGUGGGCCAAGCUGGGCUGUACCAGGCCAUUGCCAUGUUCCUGGUGGCAUAUUUCAUCAUCAGCAUGACUGUGCUCUCUGUCUGUGCCAUCUCCACCAAUGGGGCGCUGGAUGCCGGUGGAGCCUACUACAUGAUCAGCCGAGCCCUUGGACCUGAGUUUGGGGGCAGCAUUGGCAUCAUGUUCUUCUUCGCCAAUGUGUGUGGGAGUGCCCUCUACGUGCUGGGGUUGGUCGAAGCUGUUGUCGCCACCUUUGGCAUUCCAGAGGACAGGACCACAGCCAUAUUGAACUCCCAGCAGGUCCUGCCGGCAGGGUACUGGUGGUCUCUGCUCUACGGAACGGUCAUAUUGCUGCUGUGCCUGCUGGUCUGCCUUGUGGGCGCCCAUAUUUACGCCAAGGCCACCUUCCUCAUCUUCCUCAUUGUCAUAGUGGUACUGGGCACCAUCUUCAUCAGCUUCUUCGCCGUAAAGCCAAGGACAGUGGUACUGCCCCCACUCCCAGCCAACUCCUCAGGCCCCAUCAGUGCCAACUUCACUGGUUUCAAGCUGGAAACGCUGCUGGAAAACCUGGGGGAGGGCUACACAGUGGACUACACUACAGGUAUCAAGAUGACCUUUGCCACGGUCUUCGCGGUCAUGUUUAAUGGCUGCACGGGGAUCAUGGCUGGGUCCAACAUGUCAGGAGACCUGAGGAGCCCCAGCUACUCCAUCCCCCGUGGCACCAUCACAGCAGUCAUCUUCACCUUCAUCAUCUACAACCUGCUCAGUCUGCUGGUGGCCUGCUCUUGCGAAAGGCUCCUGCUGCGGAGGGACUACAGCUUCCUGCGGGACAUUAACGUGUGGCACCCCUUUGUGACGGUCGGCGUCUACUCCUCCACGCUGUCAGCCGCCAUGAGCAACCUGAUCGGGGCUUCCCGUAUCCUGUACGCCCUGGCACGGGACGACCUGUUUGGCAAAGUGCUGUCGCCAGCCAAGAGGACCUCACGUAGCGGGAAUCCCUGGGUGUCGGUGCUCAUUUCAUGGUUCCUGGUGCAGUUGGUGUUGUUCUCUGGGAAGCUGAACACCAUUGCCAGUAUUGUCACCAUUUUCUUCCUGCUGGUCUAUGCUGCGGUGGAUCUGGCCUGCCUCGCCCUGGAGUGGGCAUCUGCACCCAACUUCAGGCCCACGUUCAGGUACUUCACCUGGCACACCUGUAUACUGGGCAUUCUGGGAUGCGCGGUGAUGAUGUUCCUGAUCAACCCCAUCUACGCCUCAGCCAGCAUUGCCUUUAUGCUGCUGCUGCUCCUAGUGAUCCACUACCUGUCUCCCACCAGCAGCUGGGGCUACAUCAGCCAGGCACUCAUCUUCCACCAGGUGCGUAAGUACCUACUGAUGCUGGACGUGCGGAAGGACCAUGUGAAGUUCUGGCGGCCGCAGGUGCUGCUGAUGGUGGCCAACCCCCGCAGCAGCACCGGCCUCAUCACCUUCGUCAACGACAUCAAGAAGAGCGGGCUAUACGUGCUGGGGCACGUGGAGCUGGGAGACCUGGACGUGCUGCCCUCUGACCCCCUGCAGUCACGGUAUGACUCUUGGCUGUCACUGGUCGACCGUCUGAACAUCAAAGCCUUCGUCAACCUCACACUAGCCAACUCAGUACGACAUGGAGUCCAGCACCUGCUUUUCAUCUCCGGACUCGGUGGCAUGAGACCCAAUACCCUGGUGCUGGGUUUCUACGACGACUGCGCCCCUGAGGACAAGCUUCAGGACUUGUCCAUUAUGACGGGCAAUUUUUCGGAUGCUCCAAGCUCCUCGCAGGACCCGGAGGACCAGCUGUCCUUCGUCUUCCCCGCCGUGCGAGGAGAGGGGGGCAGCGAGGGCGGGGGCAAGGCGCUGGGGGCGCAGGAGUACGUGGCGGUGAUCGCGGACGCGGUGAAGAUGCUGAAGAACGUAGCGCUGGCGCGGUACUUUAACAGCUUCGACCGGGCGGAGGUGCUGGGCCGGCGGGGCGGGGCGGGGCUCUACGUGGACGUGUGGCCCGUGAACCUGCUCCGUCCGGACAGCAGCAGCUACGUGGACACCUGCAGCCUCUUCCUGCUGCAGCUGGCCUGCGUGCUCAACAUGGUGCGGGCGUGGCGCCGGGCGCGGCUCCGUCUCUUCCUGUGCGUAGAGGAGGGGCGGAGCCUGCGGGCCUCGGAGGAGAAGCUGGGGCAGUUGCUGAAGGACCUGCGGAUCUACGCUGAUGUCCACACCGUGCCCUGGGACCAGGUGGUGGCCCUGCACUGGCAGCGGCAGGGCAAAGGCUACGACCCGCAGGAGGACGAGCAGAGGAAGGAGGAGGAAGACGAGGGCGACUACGUCAACAGCUUCCCCAGCAACGCCACCCGGCUGUCGGACGACUACCUGCGGGCGGUGAACCGCCUGGUCCUGGAUCAGGACCACCCGCCGCCCGCCGUUCGCUUCCUGUACCUGCCCCGCCCGCCGGCCGACACCAGGCGCUAUGCCGCCUACCUGCACCAGCUGGACCUUUUGACCCGAGACCUGGGGCCCACGCUUCUUAUCCACGGGGUCACCCCGGUCAUUACCACUGACCUUUAACCCUCUGUCCUGUCCGCGGCGGGAAUGGGGAGGUGUGGUGCUCUCAGUGUCGGUGUACUCCAGUCAAAGAGAGACAGAAUAACUGAGGGAAGAGGAGGGAAUUACACUGUCUGCUCUGAGACUGAAGCCAGUACUGUACACCUCUGUCUGUUUUAUCCUAAUUUUCUUCAGAUCCUCUGUUUUAUAUGCAGUUUAUAUGAAAUAAUCAAAAUGCCAAAGUGACCAUAUUUUUAUAUAGCAGGGAUUAUAGCUGUCCUGGUGAUGGAGUUUACUCACUGCACACUACCCUUCUGUGCAAGGCAUGCUGUGAUGCGGGUUAUAUGGGGGUCUCCAGGUGGCAUGAUCUCUGUCUGUAGCUGGGCAGCAGUAAACACUCCCUAGACUCAGUCUUUAAAACAUUACUGCACUGUAACCCUGUCAGAGUCAAA